AUGGUGGUGAGUCCCGUGGGAGGCCGAGUGCCCGCGACGGCGAGGCGCGUCCUGAUGGCCGGCGGCCGGCGAGACUUGGAGGCCGAGGAAGUCGCGGCUUACCUCGGCAAGCUGAGGGACCUGGUGCCGGACAUGCCGCGCUCGAGGAAGCUCUCCAAGCUUGAGGUCAUCCAGCACGUCAUACGCUACAUCUGCGAGCUCGAGACGACGCUCGAGAAGGACGACGAGCAGCAGCAGCGCCAGGAGAUGGACAUCGACGCCACGGCCGUUCAGCGAUGACCCGGAGGCCCCCGGGACGCUGCUUGUAAAUAAUCUUUCUGUGUGCGCGCGGCUGUACGAGUUUUUUCGCCUGUACAUAUAAGUAUGCUGACGCGGAGAGACGAUUAUCCGAUGUGACUGCGACUGAGUGUGAUCGGCGAGAUCUUUUUUUUACGUGUUAUACAUGUUUUUUUUUAUAUUGUUUUGUAUAUUGGAUAUUAUUAUUAUUAUUAUGAAUAUUUUAUAAAAUUUAUUAUUAUUGUCGCCGCUGUCGAGACUGAGGUAUUAAUGGGAUUUGUUGUUGAUGCACGCGCACACACGUACGGCCCACACGCGAGUUCAUUCAUUGUGAUUUUUGUUGUCAUUGUACUAUCAUCAUUCACCAACUUUCGACAGCUUCUCGGAUGGAAACUCGCUGCUCUAGUAUUAGCGAGUAUUUGCAUCGAAAUAACGACGGCGAUGAAGCACAACUGUAUAUUUGUCAAGACUGAAAGCCUGUAAAUAUUACGAUAUAUAUUAUUGUAUGGAUAUAUAUUAUAUUGGACUACGAUGACACUUUUUUCUUCUGUGAACGUAAUUAAAAGAACGAGUGGAAAAUCUCGACGACUACGAUAGUAAGCGAGAGUAUAAUAGAGUAUGAAGCGAGAGGUGGAGAAAAAGGAAAAUAAACGAACAAGACUCGUUGCGAGUGCUUUGUUAUUAAAA